AUGACGACCCCGCUCUCCCUCGUGCACGCUCCGCGGCUUGCCUGGUCGACUUCGAUGUACCGACUUGCCCCGCUGCGGACGCACGUGCGUACCAAGGCCACCUCCGCCGUGCCACGGAAGAAGGCCAAGGCCAAGGCCAAGGCGCCGCCUGCGACAUCGACCGCGACAGGAGUGCGACCGCCAGACGCAAGGCCAAUUAGGCCGGCCGCCGACGCUGCUGCAGCGACGCCCAAGGUGCCGUCCUCCGGCCAACCGGGAUCCACGUCUUCCGCAUCCGCAUCCGCCGGGUCAUCGCAGCUCCCGCCAUUGCCGGGUGCCAGGCCGAUUGUCAUCUUCCGGGCGCCGCCCGGCAUGAAGCGCUGGCUGUACUACUUUAUCGGCUGCGUCUUUACGGGUGCAUCCGCGUACCAAGGUUACAUCCUCUCGCAGCACAUGGCGUGGCCUUGGUUCUCGCGCGACUACGAGAAUAACCCGCCCAAGCUCGUCUCGGCGUGGACGCGCUAUCCGGUGGGCGCCCUCGUGUUUGGCACCGGCGGCAUGCUGGGCUUCUUUAUGUUCUGGAGCCCGUCGAGGCUGGUGACGAGGAUCACGCUGUAUCCGGCGACGUCGCAGGUGGGCGUGCGGACGUGCGCUCCGCCCUUCCGAGCCUUGCUGCCGCGAGCGCUGCAGAACAAGCAGGCCAACGUGGCGCCGCUGUCUGCGCACGACUCGCGCGAGCGCCUGCACGACUUUGCCGCGCUCAUGCGGCGCGACAACACAUCGGCGGCCGAGAUUGCCGACUUUGCCCUGGGCAAGGGCCGCCGCGUGGUGCGCGGCGACGGCAAGGGCUACAAAAAGGUGCCCUCGUCGCUCCUGCUCGGCGAGGGUUCGAGCCUGGGCUACCAGCUCGAGGCGGCGCCGCACCCCAAGUCGCCCGACGAGGUCAAGAACCUGUACAAGCUCGGAUGGGCACGCUUCAAGCUGUGGAUGAAGGGCUCGACCGACUGGAGCGUCCCGCAGGGCGUGCCUGGCCUCACACCGGCCGAAUCCAAGGCCAAGGCGGCGAUGCACGCCAAGGAGCCGUGGUUCCUGGACCGCCACAACUUUGACCGCCUCUUUCCCGUGAGGCAGUAG